AGUGCCAAACCCCUCGAAAAAGCUGAAACCCCUCCCCCCUCAGUCCCCCAUCCGCCGUCGGCUGCCCUCCCCACCCCACGAGACGGCGGCGGCGGCGAGCAGCACCCGAUCCUCUCCCCCCUCCUCGUUCACUGUUGGAGCAGAGCAGUAAAAAUGAAUGUGCACCUCAGCUUUGAGGAUGGCUGGAAGGUCCUGGAACAGGGCAUUGUGACAUGCUCAAAGAUUUUGGAGGGAUCCACUGGUACAAGGCCUACUGUUGCUGAGUACAUGAAUUGCUAUGACUGUGCUUAUAGAAUGGCUGUGCAGACAACCAGCUAUUGUGAAGAGAUGUACAAUGGUUACAAGGCUACACUUGCAGAAUCUGUUCGUGCACUGGUUUGCCCCCAUCUGAUGCACAAGAGAGACGGCUACCUUUUGAGACAGCUUGCGAAUAUGUGGUCUAACUAUUGUAUCAUGGUUAAAUGUGUAUCUGGCUUCUUCAACUAUUUGGACCGUUGCUUUGUUGAGCAAAGAAAGCUACCUUGUCUUGAAGACACUGCUGCCACUUCUUUUUUCUCUACAGUCUUUUCCUUCUUCAGUCAUGAAGUAUCAGACGCUCUGCUGACUUCGAUUCUCCAAGAGCGUGAUGGAGGCAAUGCUGAUAUGGACAUCUUGAUGGGCAUUAUGCGUGGCAUAUGUCGCUCUGAAGUCAAAUCCUUCAUUAAAAAUGCUGUUGUUCAAGAUACAUAUGCUUACUACUCCAGGAAAAGUUCUGAAUGGAUUGUUCAGUACCCUCUACAAGAUUACCUUGCCAAGGUCCAGGAUUGUAUGGAGAAGGAAACCAUGAGAUUGAUGCACUAUCUGUGUAUUUCUGAGGGAGAUAGCACAGAGCUCUGUUUGAAGGUUGUUAGUGCUCCAUUGAUGCAAACUUAUGACAGCUAUGCAAGAGAGAAACAGAUUGGUGGCCAACUUUUGCUUCAAACAUACAAGACAGUGGAGGAUGAUCUGCUGGCCAGAUGCAAUCGCUUGACAAUUGACAGCGGCGUGGACAACAGUUCUGGCAGUUACAUGGAGUAGAAAGGAAAUGCACUUAAGCUAACAUUCAUCUAUAACCAAGCUUACAUAUGGGAAGGGGUUCUAGAACAUGGCCUCCAUCUGGAGUAGAAAGGAAAUGCACUUAAGCUAACAUUCAUCUAUAACCAAGCUUACAUAUGGGAAGGGGUUCUAGAACAUGGCCUCCAUCUGGGGGAAUUUUUUGUGCGGCUCGGUUUUUGGUACCGUGGAUUUUGUUGGCGAGAUUCGGCUAGAUUAAACACUAUACUGAAUCUGCAGGGGAUACCUCCUUAGUGCUGCCUCCUACCCCAUUAUGCUCAACAGCAUUUGAAAUGUACAGGAUGGCGGGUCAAUUUUUGCCAAUGGCAGUUUAUUUUGAUCGCCGUCUAGCGAACAUUAGGCAGGUCAGCAGCUAGCACUCUUAGUGGCUGGACAUGGAUUAUGGCAUGACACCGCAGUGGUUGGUGCGAUGCCUGUGUGCCUAUUGUGUGCUUCUGAUGCUGUUUAUGGUGGAAAAUUUAUCUGUGACUUUAUGCUAUUUCUCUGUGUUUGUGUGCUUGCCUACAUUGCUAAACUGCAGAUUGGUUGCGUUUUCGUUUAUUCCAAGUCAAGUUUGCUGUUAAGGUUGCAUGUUGCUGUUCUCGUCCAAGUCAAGUUAGUCAGUGAGUGUAACCUUUUGUAAAAAUAUACUCCGUAUAAGGCUAUUGAGAUUAUAACA